AUAUUUUAAUAAAUAACCUUAUUUUUUCUUCAACUUCUAUCAACAUCUUAAAUUUCUCUUUUGAUUCCUUACACAUAUUUCAAAUCCCUCCCUUACUCGUUUCGUCACACUUUUUAUAAGUGCAAGAAAGCGUAGUUUUUCUUCCCAUCUCCUCUGAUUCUCUGAACUACUCUCUUCCUCUCUCUCCUUUUCCUACCAAUUUCCAUCCAUACAUUGAGAGAUUCAUUAGAUCUCUGUUUUCUACCUGGGUUUACACUGAGGAGAGAGAUAGAGAACAUAUACUAAACCAUCAAUAAUGGCAGAUCAGAAAUCAGCUAGUCCUGCCGGAGUUUGGCCCACUGUUAAGCCAUUUGUCAAUGGAGGUGCUUCCGGUAUGCUUGCUACCUGCGUCAUUCAACCCAUCGAUAUGAUCAAGGUGAGAAUUCAACUGGGUCAGGGAUCAGCUGCUCAAGUUACCAAGAACAUGCUUGCAAAUGAGGGUAUGGGUGCCUUCUACAAGGGUUUGUCUGCUGGGUUGCUCAGGCAAGCCACAUAUACGACGGCCAGACUUGGGACUUUCAAGAUUUUGACCAACAAAGCUGUAGCUGCUAAUGAUGGGAAGCCUUUGCCGCUGUACCAAAAGGCUCUUUGUGGGUUAACUGCUGGUGCUAUUGGUGCAUCCUUUGGUAGUCCUGCUGAUCUUGCCCUUAUUCGUAUGCAAGCUGAUGCGACUUUGCCACUUGCACAACGGAGAAACUACAAGAACGCAUUUCAUGCUCUUUACAGAAUUGUUGCCGAUGAAGGAGUUUUGUCACUCUGGAAAGGUGCAGGUCCAACAGUCGUAAGAGCUAUGGCACUGAACAUGGGAAUGCUUGCUUCGUAUGAUCAAUCUGUGGAAUUCUUUAGGGAUACUUGUGGCUUGGGUGAAGGUUCUACUGUUGUAGGUGCUAGUGCCGUUUCUGGAUUCUUCGCUUCUGCUUGCAGUCUACCUUUUGAUUAUGUAAAAACCCAAAUUCAGAAAAUGCAGCCUGAUGCUGAUGGAAAGUACCCAUAUACUGGUUCAUUGGACUGUGCCAUGAAAACACUGAAAGCUGGUGGACCCUUCAAAUUCUACACAGGCUUUCCUGUCUACUGUGUUAGAAUCGCCCCUCAUGUCAUGAUGACAUGGAUAUUCCUGAACCAAAUUCAGAAGUUCGAGAAGAAGAUUGGAUUGUAGAUCAACGACAAGGUUUCAUGAUUUACGACUCUGGUUGCUGGUUUCGAGCCUUAGCAUGAGUCUUUUUUUUCGCAUCAAAACUACCAAAUUUUGCUGAAAUUAAAAUAAAUUAGCAAAAACUAUUUGUACUAGAUUAUUUACAUGAUUCUUUUGGGGUAGAAUGAAGUAUCCUAAUGGUAGUUGGUUUUGUUACCAAAUAUUAUGGUAGACUUGUGAGGAGUUGGAGACCUAAGGAUAUUUUGGAAAUUGUAAGUUGUAACCUCAACCAUAUAGUGGUAUGGUUUGUUAUUUUGCCUUCUUA